AUGUCGCGAUUACUCACCAUCGUGGCCCUGCGGACGUUCGGCAGGGGGAAGCACUCGGCAAGAAUGGUGACAGACUGGCACCCUUGCGGCCUUCUGAACAACAAGCCUACACAGCGUUAUGCAAUUAUCAUCCUCAACCAGCCAGUCAACAAAAACGCCUUGAAUGCCGUUAUCGGGUCAGCCUCGUUGCUCGUGUGCGCCGACGGUGGCGCCAACAGGCUGUACAACUACGACAAAGCGGCACGGAACGGCAUGUCAAAGUUAAAGCGCCGCGUUCCGGAUGCUAUCGUGGGCGAUCUUGAUUCCCUGACAGAGUCCGUCGGUGAGCAUUAUCGCUCUUUAGGGUCCCAAGUGAUCAAGGACCCAGAUCAGUACUCUACGGACUUCACCAAGUGUCUUAAAUGGAUUCGCGACUGGGCAGUAUCGAAGCUCGAACGUGGCGCAUCAGGUCACGGCGAAGAGCCUCAGCCCAUUAUGGACGUCGUUGUACUAGGGGGGCUUGGAGGUCGGGUAGACCAAGGCUUCUCGCAAGUCCACCACCUUUUCAUGGCGGAGAACCAUCCGGAGCUUUUGAAGGGCCGCAUUUAUUUAUUGUCAGAACAGAGUUUGUCAUUUGUUCUAGCUGAUGGCCGCAAUCUCAUCCACCUCGAACCGGGUUAUUUUGCCGAGAAUGUGGGAAUCCUCCCAGUUCUUGGGCGCACUUUCCUUACCACAAAGGGUCUUGAGUGGGACGUUGAACAGUGGCCCACCGAGUUUGGUGGCCAAGUGAGUACCAGUAACCAUAUCCGGUCCUCCGAAAUCGACAUUGCCUUCGAGGGUCCGAGACCAUUGUUCACUCUUGAGCUGGACAACCGUCUCACGGCUACUGGCGAAUGA